UAUACACGAGUAUUCCAGUCUGGAUACACCUCUUUUCACACAGUGGGAUCCACACCUAUUUCAACCUGUUACCCGGAAAGCACCGUGAAUCACCAUUUAAGGUCAAAGUUACGCCGAGUCAACGUUUACAUGUCACUGAUAUAUAGCCUGUUGACAACCCUUCCAUUUCGGAUCUACUUUGUCUUUCGGUCACCAUGCGAGGAAGGUCGUUUAUCCUCACUUGUCUGAUUUUUGGGCUUGGUUUGGUCCGGAACGUAAACUGUGGGAAUAUCUUGGUAUGGUAUACGGAGGGAAGUCACUGGAUAAAUUUGAAACCAGUACUUGAAACGUUACUAGACAGAGGACACAAUGUAACUGCUCUUGUUCCGAGCUCUUCACUCUUCAUGGAUGUCAGUGAGCCGGCUCCAUAUCACUACGAGACUUUCGAAGUUUCGUUAACAAAAAGCGACGUAAGGAAUACAAUGGAAAGGUUCUUUCGUUUUUGGAUAUACGAGGCGCAGCACAUGAACUUUAUAGAACUGUCUAAGACGUUUUACAAAACUAUGACCGAUCAUUUGGAAAUGUGCGUCGCAUAUUGCGACGGGCUAUUUAAAUCGGAAGCAGUCCUGAACAGACUUCGAGAAGGAAAGUUCGAUCUUAUGUUUGUAGAUCCAGUUUAUCCCUGCAGUGAACUGGUGGCUGAAAUGCUAGACGUGCCCAUCGUCUACACCCUUCGCUUCUCCCUUGCCCAUAGUAUGGAGAGACUUUGUGGACAGAUUCCGGCUCCCCCCUCCUACGUCCCCGGUGCAAUGAGCAAACUGACAGACAACAUGACUUUCUCUGAGAGAAUUCAAAACUUUUUGUUUUACGUGUCUCAGGACGCUAUGUCGAGGUACAUGUGGAGAACGUUUGAUAAGUACUACAGUGAUUAUUUAGGUCGGCCGACUUCAUUUUGUGAGAUGAUGGGAAAGGCUGAUAUCUGGCUGAUCCGAACCUACUGGGACUUUGAUUAUCCCCGUCCGUUCCUGCCUAACUUUAAAUUUGUUGGUGGUAUUCACUGCAGACCUGCUAAACCGUUACCAAAGGACAUAGAAGAGUUUGUGGAGAGCUCAGGAGAUGAUGGUGUCGUGGUUUUCUCUCUGGGCUCCAUAAUGAAUAACAUGACCAAAGAGAGAGCAAACACAAUCGCUUCUGCAUUGGGUCAGAUACCACAGAAGGUUCUGUGGAGGUACAGUGGUGAAAAGCCAGAGACUCUGGCUCCAAACACAAGACUGUACGACUGGAUCCCCCAGAACGAUCUACUGGGUCAUCCAAAGACCAAAGCCUUUAUCACUCAUGGUGGGACCAAUGGAAUCUAUGAGGCCAUAUACCAUGGAGUUCCUAUGGUGGGAAUCCCCAUGUUUGCUGACCAGCCAGACAACAUGGUCCAUAUGAAGUCUAAAGGAGCUGCAGUCAUCAUGGACUUUAUCAGCAUGGAGACCAAAGACCUGGUGGACGGGCUCAAAGCUGUAAUCAAUGACCCAUCGUAUAAAGAGAAUGCCAUGAGGUUGUCCAGAAUCCACCACGACAGACCAAUACACCCAAGGGAUGAGGCCGUGUUCUGGAUUGAAUUUGUGAUGCGCCACAAGGGGGCCAAGCACCUGAGGGUGCAGGCCCAUAACCUGACCUGGUAUCAGUACCACAGUCUGGAUGUGUUUGCUUUCCUGUUGGCCAUAAUUGCUCUAGUUCUCUUCAUAUUCUAUAAAAUACUGAAGUCCUGUGUUGUGAGGUGCUGUUUUAGAUCCAGAUCUAAGAGCAAAAAAGAGUGAACAACAGGUCUCUGAGAACAUUAAAAUCAUGUUUUCAUUGUGUUUUUCCAUCUCAGUCGGUGAUUUAAUUAAUUUGGUGCAUUUCUUUGCUUUAUGGACUUGUGACAUGGAAAAUGACUAUGACAUGACAAUUAUUUAAGCCAAAGGUAGGGUGGGUUGAUCUCUUCAAAAACUGAUUGAAUCCGUGAGUGAUUUUCACGAUGUUCAUUCGCAUACUGUGCAGAUGUUGUUGGUGAUAGUGUAAAUGACGGUGUUCUUAUUCUACAGCCAGGUUCUCAAUGGCUACAUGCUCAGAUUGUAUUGUGCCUCACUUGGCAGUUGCUUUGGAUAAAAGCAUCUACUAGAUGAAUGAAAUGUAAAUGUAAAUAUAAACUUUAUGUCAGA